AUGUGGGCCUCUUUCUGCUUGAUAGCCAUCAGCAGCGCUGCAGGCGCUCUGUGUGCAUCUGUGCCCCAUAAACGCGCCACAUUAGUUACACCUCAGGUGGUCCACACUUUCCCCAAUGGUACUAACAUGGAGAACCUCGCAGUCCGCGCUUCCGGCCAAAUCCUCUGCACCAUUAUUACCGCCCCUGACCUGUAUCAGGUCAAUCCCAGCGUCAAUUCCUCGGCGACACUAGUCCAUUCUUUCUCCGGCUACGAAACACUUUUUGGAAUCGCAGAAGUACAGCCAGACCAGUUCUAUGUCCUUGCAGGGAACGCGUCAGCCGCCACGCUCACAUCUGUUGAAGGAUCUUGGUCCGCAUUCCACGUCGACAUGACGAGCUUCGAAAGUUCCGGAGCGGCUACCAUUGAUAAGGUAGCAGAUUUUCCUGACGCGUUGCUUUUGAAUGGCAUGGGAUUGUUGAAUUUGGAGGAAGGAUUGGUAUAUGUCGCGGAUCCUUAUGCGGGCGCAAUAAGCAUCCUCAAUGUCAACACGGGAGCUCACUACGUCGCUAUCAACAACUCAUUGACAAUCCCUGCUGCCCCUUUCACUACUCCUCUCGGUGUCAAUGGAGUGCAUGUCUUCCAGGAACCUGAUGGGCCUCUAUAUGUAUACUUCUCCAACACCGCCCAGUCUCUCCUUGCCCGCAUGCCAAUUGACGCCACUGGAACGCCCAUCGGUGACGCUGAGGUUGUCGCUAGCGGAAUAAUGGCAGACGAUUUCACAUUCGAUUCAGACGGGAACGUUCUACAGGCCGUUAUAGGAUCUGACGAGAUUGUGAAAAUCGACCCUUCGACGGGAACAGUCACUGUAAUUGCCGGGAGUCCGAAUAACACUGAGCUACGGUCAGUUUCCGCUGCGCAAUUUGGAAGAUUGAGCAACGAGACAACAACGCUGUUUGUCACAUUGAAUGGCGGUAACCUGGGUGCGGGAGGCCCUGUAGUUCCCGGUGCUGUCAAGAUGCUUGACUUGGGAGUAGUGUUAGCAUAG